AUGGUGAAGGAGGACAAGUGGUCUAGGGUGGACAAAAGAGCGACCAGCAUGCUGCUGGCGAGUCUACCAGAGUCAGUGAGGACAGAGAUUUUGGCUUCAAGGCUGACUGGAGCGUUACAGGUUCUUGGAAGAGUUAUGGUGCUCUACCGUCCUGGGAGCACAGCAGAGAGACAGCAGAUCUUGAAGGCGUUGGAGCUUCCAGCAGUUGCGAGCACGGCGGCCGAGGCCGUGGACGCUUUGAGACGGUGGGCUAGGUGGCUUCGUCGCGCCGGUGAUGUCGGACUUCAGAGCCCGGAUCCAAGUAUCUUACUCCGUGGCCUGGAUGGGAUGGUGAACAGUGAGAUCCUCUUUCGCAUCAACAUGAUGAGAUAUACCUUGGAAGUGGACGUGAAGCCCACUCAGAAGGCCGUGGAGGACCUACACCAAGCUCUUCUUUCCGAGUUCGAGCAGGCUAACAGCAUGUUGAAGGAGAUGAGGCAGCUUCGGAUGCUGACAGUUCAUGAUGUUACAGCAAGUGCCAAGGCCCUGGGAAUGGACCCAGAAUGCGGCAGAACGGGGCUUUUGGAUUCAGGGGCUUCUCACCCGUACAGACCGGGAACCGAGGAGGAGAUCAGUGCGGCUACGACGGUGCGGGUACAGUUGGCCAAUGGAGAAGAGGUGGCGCUGGCCCAGAGUCCCACGGGCACGCUCCUGGCAAGGAAGGCCUCACCUGAUGAUUUGGUUUCGCCGAUCGUCCCGCUAGGGUCACUGGUUCAGGAUCUCAACUGUGAGCUUACCUGGGGAAGACGUCGCGGACUUGAAAUCAAGCACCCAUUGCACGGAACGAUUCGUCCUAAAGUGGUUGGCCCAUGUCCCCUCAUCGGGGAAGCGCAGGAGCUUGAGUUGAUACGCGAGCUCGAGGAGAAGCGUGUUGAUGAUUUGCAGCGGUCGACGGCGGCUAUGCAACGGUCGUUGUGGACAUGGGACCAUGGGUGCUGUUGGUCGCGCCAUCUUGAAGUUUUCCUAGACGAUGGGACAAGGUCAGCUCAGUUGCUUGCAAUGGAGGCGAAGGAUUCACCCUUUGUGGACCUGGAGCCCGCUGUGAAGGGCUCCCUUGCCGAAGAAGUUUCGUUGACGGACAAGGCGGGAUGGAACUACUUGAAGGCAUUGCCUAUCUCAAGGAGGAAGCGCAAGCAGUUGAUGAGCUCGACAUGGUUGCUCAAUCUCUUUGCGGGAGGUGUUGAGGGCACGUCCGAGUUCAAGACCCUUGAGGAUGGAGCGGUGUUGGUGGAGAUUGACAUUCUGCGGUCCAAGGCUUUUGACUUCAAGAGGGCCAUGGGAGCGUAUAGAGCUGUCUUGUGGGCGGCCGCUACGGGGAGGAUCAAGGGGAUCUUGGCUUCUCCACCGAUGCGGACCAGGGCAGAUGAAGAGCUACUGGCGAAAACCAUGUGGUGCUCCCUUACAGCCAAGGCGGCUCGGGUUGCUCGUGGAGAUUCACCUCCUUUCGUGAUGAUUGAGGGUGUGAAGAUCAUGAACUACAUGAACGCCGCUGCCGCUCAAGAGAAGCCUACUGGGCUCCAAAGGGCUUGGCCGCGCUACUUGGAGGCGAUGUGGAUUGACCGUCAGUACGAAGCCUUGGUCUCCAAUUUGGACGGACUACGAGCCUACCACUAUGACUACAUCAUCAAGAUCUGGGAGAUGGACAACGGAGUUCAAGGAGGAAACGGUCAAGGAGCUGGAACAAUGGAGAAUUCACUUGCGGAACAACCACAUCCCUUACAACAAAAAGUGCAAAACGUGCGUAGAAUCCAGUGGUACUGGGAGGUGCAGAUCCGGACCAUGCAGACUACCGGUUCGCCUUGGUGGGCGUCUAUGUGCUUCCGAAGAUUCAAGAUGAAGUACGAGAUGGGGGUCCACACGCAAAUGAAGUACGAGAUGGGGGUCCACACGCAGAUGAAGUACGAGAUGGGGGUCCACACGCAGAUGAAGUACGAGAUGAGGGUCCACACGCAGAUGAGGUACGAGAUGGGGGUCCACACACAGAUGAAGUACGAGAUGGGGGUCCACACACAGAUGAAGUACGAGAUGGGGGUCUUUUACCAGAUGGUUGUGGCCUCAGUGACAGUGGCGUACCGAUUCAUGGUGGGCCGGAGGUUGUGGAAGAUUCGGGUCAUAGAGUUGGUCCUUUGCGUGAAUGGCAGGGCGGAGAUUUUUUCCCAAGUUGGCGGCGUGGAGGGCUACAAGGUGAUCUAUGUGAUGAGUCCGUUGAGGAGCAGAACAACAAAGGAUGUCUUGGCGGCGACACAAGAUCUCUACUUGAGACUUCGAGCCCAUGGCUGUCCAAUACUGCGUGUACACAGUGACAGGGCCAGGGAGCUAAGGAGUGAUCCUUUGAAGAGAUGGUUGGCUUCACGUGGCACGUACACUACGUAUACUGAAGGUCAGAGCCCACAAGCAAAUGGCAGGGCGGAGGCGGCGGUGAAGUAUGCCAAAACCCAAACGAAGAGGCUAUUAACUGCUGCUAACUUUGCUCCAAGGUUGUGGCCGGUGGCUUUGCGAUAUGCAAUGUGGGCUCAGAUGCAGAAGCAGCUCUACCCAGAUAAGGAGUUGGUCCCGUUCGGCACCCGGGUGCAUGUGAAGAGGAAGGUCUAUGGAGCCGGGGGCCGAUAUGAUCUGGAGAGCAGAUGGGGAACGGGCUACUAUGUGGGCCCAAGUGCGGAUGUCAAUGAAGGAAGUGUGAUGAUGAUGGACAAGGGCAACCUCAUCACAACGUCGCAUAUGAGGCCAGGGCUGUUUGAUGCAGAUCGAGAAAUUGAGUUGGAAGAUCAUCAUGCCUUGGUAUCGGUGCCCUCGAGAAGGUUGAGGAGGAAAUCAAUGUUGGAUCCUGGGGAUAAUUUUGAAGGGGUACCACAACCACUACCACCACAAGAUGAUGGAGGAGAAUCCCAAGGACCAGCUGAAUAUGAUCCCAACGACCCCAUCGAGGAGUUUGCGCGUGCAGUGUUGAGGGAAGGUUGCGUUGACCGUGACCUAGUGGAGUCCCUUGCCAGGCUCCUACCCUUGGAUGGCAAGAAGCCUAAGCGUUUUGGGGUACAAGAUGAUGAUGAAGCUGUUUGGGUGUCUGGAGCUUUCGUUCAUGGCGGCGUGGUGGGAGUACUCAACAAUGCUCGGAGGUAUCCGCUUGCAACCAAGGUAUUCACGAACUACAUUCACAACAAGUGCCCGGGUUUCAAGUUCAACAGCGUGGCGGUGUUCAAGGGAAUCAAGGCGGAGCCCCACAAGGAUGCCCAUAACGUUGGUGUCAAUGCUGUGAUGCCGCUUACGGACUUCGAGGGCUGUGAUGUGAUCGUUGUAAAGGAUGGUUCGAGUACAACCCUGAAGGUGAACGAGGGUCAGCAAUUCUUUGACCCCCACGACAGACACUAUACUACGCCGUGCACGAAGGGAGCAAGUUUGAUGUUGGUGGGGUAUUCAAUCAGAGAUAGCGCCAAACUGAACCUAGAAAUGAUGGAUUACCUCACUGAGGUCGGGUUUGAUUGGGACCCUCACCGGGCAUCAGAAGGAGCCGAUCAAGGUGAAGUUUGCAGAUUGGCUAUGGUAAUGAUGAACAAGGCCCAAGCGAGCUACAAGGAGAAGGAGAAGACCGACACCGACAACGCUGCCGAUGCCGGACAGAUGGACUACGCCAAUGCGGACCUCGAUGUGGCGAUUCAGGAUUUGGAAGACCGAGCUGCUCGCCUACGGGAUCUACUUGAGGAGGAGGAGAUUAUGGCGGAGCAAGCAGCCCGGUUGGGACAAACGGUUCGGGAUGAGCUUGGAGAUGCCAGGGACUACGUGUGCAAGUACCUGGACGACGUGCACAAACAGCUCAUGCAGUUCCAAUGCCUUCGAGAAAGGGUUUUUCUGAGAUCGGCGAGGACGGCCGAAGAGGGAGCCCCGGACAUCGAUUAUGAGAAGUUGUUGGAUGAGCUCGAGGGUGAUUUGGAUAUUGUUCACACGGUGCCGUUGGACCAGGUGAAGCGGGUUCUUCACAAGUGGACCGGAGCCAUCGAGAAGGAGGUCAAAGCAUUGUUCGACUCAGGCACGCUGGUCAAGAUUCCCUAUGCCGAGGCGAAGACGCUUGAGGCUCAGGGAUCCCUAAAGAUCGUGCCAGCGAAGUGUGUUUUCACGUUGAAGCCUCCGAAUACUGCCGGAGGCAAAUGCCGGCGCAAGUGCCGGAUGGUUAUAUGCGGGAAUUUUAUCACCCGCAACGACGGAGAAGAUCAGGCGAGCCUAUACGCGGCCGGAACAAGUACAGACGCCCUGCGUCUGGCUUUGACUGUGGCAUCUUCCAGGCUAUGGUUAGCGGCGAUAGCUGACAUCACGUCAGCCUUUCUACUCGCAGAGUGGCCAGCAGAGAUGCCCAAGUACGCUCUCAUGCAGCCCAAGGUCAUACGUGAAAGCGGCGACUUCGGUGGGGAACUAUGGAUGGUGCAACGGCCGCUAUAUGGGCUAAGAGAAAGCCCGAUGAUUUGGUCUGAGUUCCGCAACAUGAAGCUCCGUCAAAUCAAGGUGGUCUACAAGGGCCGGCGAUUGGGUCUGAGGCAGGCGACCUCAGAAUCGGAGCUCUGGCUACUGAGAGACGAGGAGUCGAACGAGUUGUGGGGCUUGUUGGUGGCUUAUGUGGAUGAUUUGAUUGAUUGGGUGGACGCUGAACAUGGGGUACGCUACUUGGGCGUGGAGAUCAAGCAGGACCCCGGCAGCAAAACAUUCAGCAUCAGCCAACAAGCAUACAUAACGGAACUCUUGCGCGCACACAACAUGCAAGACACUGCACACACACAGCUACCGGUUCCUCGCGAGUGGUUGGAAUCGGUGGAGCUGGACAAAGACGAGGAGUUGCCGUUUACUGACGGAGACUUGAAGCUGGGCCAGCGCUACGUAGGCGAAGCUGUGUGGUUGGCCACAAAGACGCGGCCGGACAUCCUCUACUCAGUGAAUGCUAUGGCGUCUAAUGUGGCUAAGAAGCCUUUGCAAGUUAUCCGGAUGGGAGAAAGGCUGCUCUCCUAUUUGGCAGGCACUGCUGACUUGGAGUUGAAGUUAGUCCCUCCUCAACGAAAGGAACCGCUGCAGAUGACUUGCUUCACUGAUGCUAGCUUCGCUCCUUUUGGAGCCCGGAGCUACGGGGCGGCUGUUGUGGUCUAUGGAAGCGCGCCGGUCUCGUGGAAGGCCGGGAAGCAAAGCUUCGUGACGAUGAGCACGAUGGUCCUGGCCAUAGACAACUCGAGUGCAGUUGCAAUGUGCGCCGGAGGGCCGGGAAGCCAACGCACCCGCGAAGAGCAGCUGGCUGAUUUGGCGACAAAGUUGGUUACGAAGGAGAGACUCUGGAAACUGCUCGGGCUAUGGGGCUUUGUUGGCGGAAGGAUAGCCAAGGCAAUCAAUGCCCUCAAGGUGAAGAUGAUGGCGUUUGUGGUGAUGUUGGUUUCCAUGGCUAGGCCAGCAGAUGGACGGGUGGUGGAUAAUCCGGACAAGGAGGCAAUACAAGUCUCAGGAUGGGAUGAGUUGGUUGUGGUGGGCCUGCUGAUCUGUGUAGCUGCGAUAGCUUGCUGGGAGCUCAUGAAGCAUGUUGCAAGGUUUGCGUGGAAGCAAUACAAGAGUGCUAAGAAGACGAUGAAGAUGCAGCAUGUGAAAAGGGUUGCUGCUGAAGCGGCACGCAAGGAGAUUGAGGAGGCUAUGCAACGCAGCGGGGAGCAGCUACUUUCGGGUCAUAGUUCGAGUUCGACGUCUGCACCGAGGCGCAGAUCAGUGGGAUUCCACAGUAAAGAAGAAUCCUUACCGGAGCCCCAGACACCGCCGCUCCGGGCUCAGACUUCUCCGUUCACGAGCCCGGGAGUUCCAAGUGAGGAAGAGGCCUACCUCCCGCAAGAGCGGGAACGAGUCAUUAAAGACACCUUGUCGUUGAUGACUACAGAGGGCUUGAAGGAGGCACUGCGAUGUGUUGGGCUUCUGGUUUCAGGCUUGAAAUGUGAUCAAGUUGCGAGAUUGGUUCCGGUGCUUGGAGUGAAUGAACCGCGAGCUGGAAGUUCCCAACCCAGCACGAAGCAGCUGAAGUACGUUCUUUGGCUUUGGCGAGUCAAAUCGCUGUCUGGAAGGGUGAUUCUGGGAUGGCAUGACAUCGCUACAAGAUCCGAGAUCUCAAGAUGGAUCCAACGCUGGAAAUCAACGUAG